AGAGAAACUAAAAACUCAGAAACAGACAAUCGGGUUUUUACCAGCAGUAUUAUAAAUAUAAAGUUUGUUCUCCAGCUGAUGUCGGGGUCUCUGCUCCUCCACCUGGUUACGAGUUCAGGCUUUGGAAAGCACUCGAUGUGGAUGUUGUUCACCUACAUUUCAGGACCAACCCAGUUCCCAGAGUUCUCCGGGGUUCUGCUGCUGGAUGGCAUCCAGGUGGGGUACUAUGACUCAGAGACCAACAGAGUGAUGAAGGUUGGUGCUGGAGGUGAGAGACGGGAUGAGCUUGACCUGGGACAGGUAGCCUUGGAUGUGAUGCUACAGAGUAAGAUGGAGAUGAGCAGGAGGUCGGGCAUAGUCAGAAAACAGCUGAACCUGACCUCUCCAGGCGUCUACGUUAUACAGAGGAUGGGGGCUUGUGAGGUCCAAGAAGACAAUCAGCAUGAUUUCAUCACGUUCAGGGAUGGAGCAAAUGGUUAUGAUGCCGACAGCGUGCAGUAUAACAGGACCCACUUCCUGUACGGCGGUGGUGACGGUUGGGAUUUCCAGUUGGACACCAUGAAGCAGAUGUACAUGCAGAUGCGUUUCCAAAACAUCUACCUGCUUCUGCGGAAGAGGUCAGGGUCAGAGGGCAUCUCCAUGGAAACACAGGAGAGUCCCAGAGCCAGCACUGAUGAGGGAUUGGAGCCAGGGGUGGAGGACCGGGACGUGACGGCUCCACUGAAGCAGAUUUCCUCCAAAUAAACCCCGCCCCCAGUGCAGAAGUGACAUUAAUCUCAUAACGGAGACGCCAAAAAAUUGAUUAUAUAGUGGUGGAAAAUUUAGCAUUCGCCACUUUAUUUAACCAAAACUACUGUGUAGAACAAAUGCAGCCUUGUACAGAGAACAGAGUCUACAGACUGAUAAUUUGUCCCUAAAAGAUUAGCUCUGUUUUUCUGAAUCUUAAGAAUGAAUCAUCAUUUAUGCUUUAAAAUCAUUAUGUUUCCUGUUUUUCAUUAUCAUUCUGCAUCGAGAC